AUGAAUCUAACUUCAGAUUCGCAGGAAGAUUUACCUUCUCCAGCGGCAGCGGCUGUUCCCCCAAUGGUGACAUCUGGAGGCCGAGUCGCAGUGGUCCCGGUUGUGAGAGAUGGCAAGACAUGUCCGGACGAUACUGACGAAUCCGCUUUUCGAUCCGGGAAUUGCGAAUAUGGCUCCUACUUAGGCACAGUGCCUGGCGGUUAUAAUGACUUCAAAUGUUGCUAUCACGCGGAGCAGAAAGUCUUCCUUCUUUCUGUCCCCGGAGUCGGCGCAUAUGCCAACCACAAGGCCAAAUACAUCUUGGAUGGCCGACCCUGUUGCAGUAUGGGCGAAGAAGCCACUGCAUUCACGGAUAGCAAGCGGUGUGAAUACGGUAAUGCAAUGCUUGGAAUACCAGAUAGUUCCUACCUAACCAAAUGUUGCUGGGAUCCUCAGAGGCAUGAUUUCAACGUCCAUCUGCGGAGCUUCCAUCCUGCUUUCACACAAAAAGUCAACAAAAGUUACUCAAGAAAGAUCUACAAAGGAUUCUGGGGACAUGAAACAGUUGGAAUAGACUUGUUCGACGUCCAAGUGUACGGGUAUUAUCUAGAUAUCAGCUCCAAGAUUUGGGCUGAGGGUGUGAUUGAUUGGCACCAGACUAACACUUUCCGCGUCCAUCUCGACAAGGAAUGGAAAGUCGCAAAGAACUGGUACCCAGGCUCCAAAGAAACUGGACAUAUCUCGAUCGACGUUUUGACGAGAGUGAACAAGGAUAAUAGCGUUGACGUGAAAGGUCAUAUCACAGGAACAGGUCUCAUCUUCGGUAGGCUGGAGGAAACGGUUGGGCCCUUCACAAUUGACACGAAGGAGUUGAAAGAUGCUUUGCGGUACUUGCCAAAAUGCUGA